AUGGCGACACGUACGGAAACGGAAACUGCAUUGGCACUCGCGGGAGAUGCCGAACCCUCCGCUCAGCCUGUGGCCAAGAAACAGAAGAAGUUGAAGCCUGCGCGUAAGCAGGUCGAGGCGGGACAAGUCGAGAAGAAAGAGGCAGUACAGACCGGAAAGGAGUACAAUAUCUGGUACAACAAAUGGGCCGGCGGCGACCGCGAAGACAGCUACUCGAACAAAGUCAAAUCCCAAACACGGUGCAACAUCAAGAAAGACUCUGGCCUCACACGGGCCGACCUGACAGGAAACCACUACUGCUGCCUCUUCUUUGCCCGUGGCUGCUGUCCGUACGGCUGGGAAUGCGAGUACCGCCAUCAAUUGCCAGACCCUGCGCACGCGGACCCCGAGUCGAGCAAGGACUGCUUCGCGAGGGACAAGUUCGCGGAUUACAGGGACGACAUGGGUGGCGUGGGAACGUUCACGAGGCAGAAUAGGACGUUGUAUAUUGGGAGGAUUAAGGAGACAGGCGUGGGAGCGGAGACGGAGGAGGUUGUGAGGCGGCAUUUCAAGGAGUGGGGCCCUAUCGAGAAGAUCCGUGUGCUGCAAUACCGCUCCGUUGCAUUCGUCACCUAUGUCCACGAAUGCCACGCCCAAUUCGCGAAAGAAUCCAUGGCUUGUCAGUCAAUGGACAAUGACGAAAUUCUGAACGUGCGUUGGGCGACCGAGGACCCGAACCCCGAGACGAAAGUCGCCGAGAAGCGCCGGUUGGAGGAGAUGGGUCAGGAGGCCGUUCGCGCACGCAUGGACCCGCGCAUAGUCGAAGCUGUUCGCUCCAUACGAGCGUUGGAGGAGGGUGACGUCCUUGACGACGCCGGCAACUUGAUAGAGGGCGGUGAUGCUGGAGACGAAGGGGACGAGCGAGGGGCGAAGAGGCAAAGGAUUGACGAUGGUCCUUCCGAGGAAGAGCAGGAGAGGCUGAUGGAGGAGUCACUUGCCGAGCUCGAGCAGUCGCAGCCAAUAGGGUUGCUCAACGCAGACACGCUUCAGGGCCUGAAGUACUUCGCCCAAAUUCGGCAGCAACACGCACCUUCAACACCAGUACAGCAGAAGGUUGCGACGGCGAAAGCGCCUGUACAGCCUGGACUUGGAUUGAUGGACUAUGGCAGCGACGAGGAUGACUGA